AUGGACGACAAAGCAAUGGUACAAACCGAUGAUGAGAGACUCUUAGAUAAUGCCACCGAAUUAUGCCAGGAAAGUGUUGGUAAAUGCAAAAAUAUUAUUUCCGAGGUCUCGGAUGAUUCACUGAAAACUGAAAAUCCUAUUAAUAAUGGCGAACCAGUGAUCAUUAGCAACGGUUCGGUUGAAAAAUUCAACUCAAACGUCGAUGAAGUAGUCAAUGAUUUCCAACAUUUCAACAUUGAUAUGCCCUCAACGUCUGGGUGGGCUAACGCUUCACACAGUAAGAAACAGUCAAAACGUGUCAUAAUGAGUGCGGAAGAAAGUGAUAACGACGAGGUUUCCCUUCAUAUCACUUCCCAAUCGAGUAAUCAUGAUGGCACCUCUCACUAUCGUCCAAGCUCACUUCCUCUUGAAAAAACGAAAAGACGAGUUUUGAAAAUAUCUCCUGAAGAUAUAACUAGUCCUGACAGUCCUAUGAGUGAAGAUGAAAACAAGUUCAUCAGUCCUGAAACUGAUUCUCAGGAUGAACUGGAGAACUCGAUUAUGGUUAUUUUGAAUAAUUCGAAAGAGUCUUCGGAUAUGAUUCCCGAAUUGACGUUCGACGAGGAGCAAGCAGAAUUAAGGAACUGGAAAGCCUGUACCAUUGCAGGUGUGAAAAGGCAAAUAGAUUUAAAA